AUGUAUCGCAGGUCACCAAAGUUACACCCCAGCUCAGUCACCGACAGGGAGACCUCGCUGCUGCGGUUGCUGGGGCUCUCCCAGCACGACAUCCGGUGGCGGAACAUACGGCUCGGCAUAUACGGGGUGUUGGGCUGCGGGGAGGCUAUCUUUUUGUUCAUAUCUGCCAUUACCAUGAAUUUGGCGACACUAAGAGGUGCCCGGAUAUUGCACAACGAUAUGUUGCACCACAUAUUCCGAGCACCUAUGCCUACUGAAACUACGUCUGUAAAGCACGGACUCGUAUAUAUGUUUGUUCAGCGCCUAUACAUCCCGACCUCUCGCCAGUUGCGGCGAAUUGAGUCGACCACUCGAUCGCCAAUUUAUAUACACUUUUCAGAGACACUUACCGGUGCCACCAGUAUCAGGGCCUACGGGUCAGUCGACAAGUUUAUCGAUGAAUCAAAUAAAAGGGUAGAUAUGAAUAAUAUGAGUACUUUUGCGGCUACUCUGACCAGCUGUUGGCUGUCCAUACGUCUGGAGUUUUUGGGAUAUUGUAUAAUAUUUGUGAACGCGAUGUAUGCCGUGAUUGCUAGAAAAACGUUGAGUCCCGGUGUGGCCGGACUUACGCUCAGUUACGCCAUGACUAUCACCCGGACGUUGAAUAACUUGAUCCGUGCGACCACUCAAUUGGAGACCAAUAUUGUAUCGGUUGAGCGGUGUCUGGAGUACACACAAACUCCAUUAGAGGCUCUAUGGCACAAACCCGAGGCUCAGCCGGUGGCUGAGUGGCCACAAAAGGGUUGUAUAGCUUUUAAUGGCUACAGCACCAGAUAUAGAGAGGGAUUGGAUCUGGCUCUAUGGCACAAACCCGAGGCUCAGCCGGUGGCUGAGUGGCCACAAAAGGGUUGUAUAGCUUUUAAUGGCUACAGCACCAGAUAUAGAGAGGGAUUGGAUCUGGUUUUGAAAGAGAUAUCAUUUGACAUCACCGCCGGCCAUAGAGUGGGAGUAGUAGGCCGGACAGGUGCCGGCAAAUCAUCGCUGACAUUAGCCCUCUUUAGACUCAUAGAGUCUGCGGGCGGUUCCAUAGCCAUCGAUGGCGUCGAUAUCAGCACAAUAGGUCUCUAUGACCUGCGCUCGCGGAUAACAAUCAUACCUCAGGAUCCGGUCCUAUUCACUGGCACCUUAAGACUCAAUUUGGAUCCAUUCGAGAAGCACUCGGACGCCGACAUAUGGCAGGCGCUAGAGUUGGCACAUCUCAAAGAGUUUGUGGAUUCACUCGAUGAAGGACUCAGCCAUCCGGUGAGCGAAGGGGGCGACAACUUGAGUGUCGGCCAAAAGCAGUUGAUAUGUUUGGCGCGGGCACUGUUACGCAAAUCCAAGAUCAUUGUGUUGGAUGAGGCGACCGCUGCGGUCGACAUCGAGACCGAUGAGCUGAUCCAACGCACCAUUAGGACUGAGUUUAAUGACUGUACGAUCGUUACGAUUGCUCACCGGUUGAAUACGAUUCUGGAUUACGAUAGGGUUGUCGUUAUGAGCAAAGGACAGAUAGCUGAAUAUGAUUCCCCACAAGAACUCCUAAAUAACCCCCUGUCCAUAUUUCAUUCAAUGGCUAAGGAUUCUGGACAUAUAUAA